AUGAGCGAUGAUGCGUUAUUCGCUUGGGAUUGCGAAACGUAUUCAGAAAAAGACACGCGAAGAGCAAUUCCUUAUGCCUGCACUUUAAUUAAUUUAGAAAAACUAAGGAAAAUGUUAAACAGAAUAAAUAAUCUCUUUCCAGAUUUAAAGUCAUCAGAUCCCCUUCCAGAAGAAUUUUAUGAUAAACUAAUGAAUGUAGUAGAAUAUAUUUGCAUCGAUCAAAUGUUGAAAUAUCUAGGUCAAUAUGAUAGAAAGAGAUUAAUAUUAAUUUCUCAUAACGGCAGUGGAUUCGACAACUGGAUCGUGCUUAAAAAUGCAAAAAAACUAACGCAUUGCCCUUUAAAAACACCCAGAGGAAUUCUAUCUUUUCCUUUAUCUAAUCCAUACUCGGAUGAAGAUUUACAGAAAAAAUGGAAAAGACAGAAAGAAAUAAAGGGUAAUUAUUUACAACAUAUAAAUUUCACGUGUUCCUAUCAACACGAAUCCUCUAGUUUGGCUGCAUGGGGAAAUUCUUCCAAUCUUCCCGCGAAUUUGAGAAAGAUUGCCGACGUAGAUAUCGCUAAAUACACGCGAGACAACUGGGAGGAAUUGAGAGACACGAAUGGGAACCUUACGCCAAGAGAGACACUCUCUGUUUGGGAGCUUGUUUGA